UCGUUGAUCUUCUACAAAGAAUGGCAUGCUGUUGCUUCGUGGACUUGGGAUGCGCAGGAUGAAACAUGUGGGAUUUGUAGGAUGGCCUUUGAUGGAUGUUGUCCUGACUGCAAACUUCCUGGGGAUGACUGCCCGAUAAUUUGGGGUGAAUGCAAUCACGCAUUUCAUUUGCACUGUAUCCUGAAAUGGGUGAAUUCUCAGACAUCACAAGCGCAUUGCCCCAUGUGCCGUCGGGAAUGGAAGUUUAAAGGAUGAGAGGUAAAUCUUUUUAUUUUUAAGAGGGUGGUCACCUAGAGCAAUGUAAUUUGGUCCAGUUAAUCUGAGGACUCUUCUUCUGCAGUUUUUCCGAGUGUAAAGAUUUAUAGCUUCUGUAUUAGCUUAUGUACUUUAGUAUAUUUAUUGUUUCUCUUCUGGUAAGGAGGGGAUCAAAUUCAGAGUUUCUAAUGAGUGCAUGUUUAUAUCA